ACAGAACAGACUGUACCAAACCUCCCACAUUCCAGCAUCAACAGGACCAUCAGAGAAGUAACAAAAACAAUGGCUUUACGAUUGUUGUGGCCAGGAAACAAUUUUGGAAAAAUCGAAUUAGUUGAGACCAGUGGAGCUUCAAAGGAAACGGCUAAGCAGGACGAGCUGGGAUACUCAGGUGUAGAAGCAUCACACACAAUGGCAGAGACGGACAGGGAGAGAAUGACUCAGUACAAAGAGUUAAUCCACAACAUCGGUUCGAGACACGGAGUCGAUAAGUAUCUCAUUGCUGCCAUCAUCUCGAGAGAGUCCAGGGCCGGAAACGCACUGACAGACGGCUGGGGAGACUGGAGCGACGAAAGAAAUGCUUGGAACGCCUGGGGACUGAUGCAGGUUGAUGUUAAUCCCAAUCGAGGUGGACACACUGCUAUAGGUGGAUGGGACAGUGGGCAACACCUCAACCAAGCCACUGAGAUCUUGGUUCAUUUUAUCAACCGAAUCAGCAAAAAGUUUCCUCACUGGAGCAAAGAGCAGCAGCUGAAAGGAGGGAUAGCAGCCUACAACAUGGGGGAUGGGAAUGUGGAUUCCUAUAGUCGAGUGGAUGAACACACAACCGGUAGAGACUACUCCAAUGACGUCAUAGCCAGAGCUCAGUGGUACAAAGAGAAUGGGUACUGGAGGAACUGUGCAGUCUCCUGAAAGUCAUCAAUGAAACAUCAUAUUGUGUGUACUGUGUCAAAACCUGGGCUAAAUAAA